ACGACAUGUUUAUCAAUGACUUGGUUUUAUGUCCGUGGACUUUGAACUUCCUCCGCGCCCCACCUGCAGUACCACUGCGCCCCACUAGAGGGAGGACCACUGGGGAAGACGCACGCGGCGCUGUUGUCCAGCGUGACGUCGUCGUGUUUGUGGUUACCGUGAGUCAAAGAAGAAGAACAUGUCGGGAGGUCACGGGACCGACGCCUCAUGCCGUGGCUGUGAUAGCAAAGUUCCCGUCCUCGCGUCCGGCAGACCAGCUGAUCUUGGACCAUCAGAAGCAGGACUCCAUCAGAGACCAGGUCCUGGUCUUCACAAAGCACCAGCAGUCCUGCGACGUCAAGACCUCGUGGCUGCAGAGUUCAGACCAGCGCUUCCUGAGAGGAACCGUGGACCGGCAGGUCCGAGCGGCUCUGGACCAGCAGGAAGUCCACCUGGACCAGAGGAGAGACAGGCUGCGGGUGCUGCUGGAGGUGGAGGAGCAGCAGCUCCUGCAGGAGAUGGAGGAGAAGGAGGAGACGUCGGUGGAGAGACAGGCGAAGAUGAGAGAACGAGCUAAAACCCUGAAGGGCGAGCGAGAGAGAGUGAGACAGCAGCUGGUCUCAGAGAAGUUGGAUCAGCUGUUCAGAGAGCGGUGUGAGGAGGUGCGCAGCGUCCAGAGCCGGCGCUCACAGCACCAGGUGAGUCUGGAGCGAGCGGCUCAGGUGAGGAGCCGGCAGCAGCAGCGGCAGGAGGAGCGGCAGGAGGAGCGGCAGCUGGACGAGCUGUGGGAGGCCGAUCGGAGAGCCAAGGAGGAGCAGGAGGCCCAGAGGGAGGAGGCGCGGAGGCGAAGCAACCGGGAGCAGCUGGACGGCAUCCAGAGUCAGAUGGAGGAGGUGGAGCAACAGAGGCGGGAGCUCAGGGAGCUGAAGGAGGAGGAGGCGGAGCUCCGGCUGCAGCAGCAGGAGACCCUGCGGCUGCAGCAGCAGCGCGAGCGGCAUCAGGGUCUUCAGGACCGGCGGACCCGGCGGCGGCAGCUGGAUCUGAGUCUCCGCCUGAAGGUGCAGCGUCUCUGCAGAGAGCAGCAGGACGAGCUGCAGCUGGACAUCAACAUCCUGCAGACGCUGCUGCAGCAGGAAGUGGACGAGAAACAGGAAGCCGCUCACAGGAAGGCCGAGCGGCGUGAGGACCAGCGGAGGUACCGGCAGCAUCUGUCCGACGAGCUGCAGCAGCGCAGGAGGGAGGAGGAGGAGGCGGAGCAGCUGAUGGAGGAGGCUCUGAAGGAGGUCUGGACCAAGAGGGAGCAGCAGAGCCGCCUGCAGAGAGAAGCCAGGAACCGACUGAUGGAGGAGGUGAUGGAGGCUCGGAGGCUGCAGAUCCAACACCAGCUAGACCUGAACCAACAGAAACAAACAGAGUUUUCCAAAGAAAGAGACGAACUGAAUAAAGUGAUGGAAGAAACAAGGCUGAUGGACGAAGAGGAGAAGAGACGUCUGAAGCAGACCUCGGAGGCCUACCAGUCCGCCUUGGGGGCUCAGGUCCAGCAGCAGCAGCAGCUCCGGGCUCAGCAGAGGGUUCAGGCCCAGAAGGAGCACCAGCAGGGUCUGAUCUUGCAGGAUCUGUACGACCAGAGGAAAGACCAGAUCCUGUCCAGGCCCACGUCUCACAGUACCGCCCCUCAUCCCUUCAGACGAGGAGGGGGAACCGGAUCUGCCUCCAGACACCACCUCACAUAGUCCUCCUGCUCAUGGAAGCAACACCACGCUCCUCUGACUCACAUGUACAGUACACAUAAGUACAGGUAUAAGUACACAUAAGUACAGGUAUAAGUACACAUAAGUACAUAAACGAGAGAGUACACGACUCACGAGAACUCCAGACUCAAACACACUGAAUCUGUUCCUCUAAUGAAAAACUGUUCAAAGUCUGAAUAAGUCUGUUUUAUUGGUGUUGGAUGUAAAUAUGAACGUCAAUACAUCUUCAUCAUACUCAUCUUAUUUUUCUUCUUCAUCUUCAUCAUCAUCUUCACCUUCUUCAUCAUUAUCAAAAACUAAUUAAAUAUCAUUUUCAGUCAA